AUGGAACCGCCCGACCGAAUAGCUAAUCGUGGUCAAAGAUCAUCCCCGGCUACCAGCACGUAUAUCAACACACACGCAACUGAACGUGCUGCACCAGGCCGCCUCAUAUUUCAGUUUCUACGCUAUUCGAGGUAUCCAGAUACAUGUAUAUUCGUAAUGCACUACUCCGAGUUAAACAAUUACACAUUCGCCUGUUCGGACGUGAAAAUUCAGAUGCGUCCAGCAAGCGUUGGUGAAGUAAUUGAGACACGCUGGUCUCACCUGUCGGAGGUGUGGAGUUCAAACCCUGGCCCGGCCGUUUGA